AUGCCUUUUCCAGGAAGGUUCAAGAAACAACUAUUGGAAGCACACAAGGCUAAGUUUGUUGAACUAAUGAGACAACUUGAGCUAAAGUUACCUUUCAUCGACGCUUUGAUGCCCAUUCCACCUUAUCGGAAAUUCCUGAAGGAUGCUGUUCAGCAAAGAACCAGGGAAGCACAAGGGAUGGUAGUGUUGACUCGUGAGUGCAGUGCAAUCAUUCAACGGAAG